GCACUGUUGAAUUGUAUCGCUCCGCCUCCUUUAAAGCGUUGACUCGUAAGAAAUAGAAAAACUCAGAGACAACAUUUUUCUGUUCAAGCGAUUUUUAUCAAAUGAGGGAGGUUUAAGACGGGGCUCACUCUACUUUCUGUAGUACCAAGGUUUAUUUUGAUAGAAACGUGAGAGUGAAAGUGAGCUCACUCGGUCCGACGACUGUUGUUUCUGUUAACACGUGGAUUCAUUCCCACCCAGGAAACGGCCUUUUUAAUGUUUGUUUGUUUGUUUUUUUACAAAGCUGCUGAAGUUAACGACAAAACGAGGGGGAAAAAGUAAGAAGAGAAUAUGGACUACCUGCCAGAAAACAACUCCAGGUACAAAGACGUCGCCUACUGGGAUGAAAGAUACACGAUGGAGCAGUGCUAUGACUGGUUGGGGGGUUUCUCCAAAUUCCAGCACAUUUUGGAAAAAUUUGUAAAGAAAGAGGACUCUAUAUUGAUACUGGGUUGCGGAAACAGCAGUAUGAGCAGUGACAUGUACAGCGCUGGCUAUCAUACUAUCGCCAACAUAGAUUAUUCAUCUGUGUGCAUCAGGACAAUGAGCGCCAGGUACAGUCACUGCCCAGGUAUGACAUGGCAUCAGAUGGACGUGCGUCAGCUCUCCUUCCCGGAUUCCUCCUUUGAUGUCAUACUAGAGAAGGCCACCCUGGAUGCCAUCAUGGUGAAUGAGAAAACGCCUUGGGAGGUUUCAUCUCAAACUGCUUGUUCCAUUCACCAAGCACUCACAGAGAUCAGCCGCUGCCUGAAACCUGGAGGUCGGUUUGUCUCCGUUACCUUCGCUCAGCCUUUUUUCAGGAAACGGCUCUAUGCCCGUACGGAAUAUAAAUGGUCCAUCAAACAUCAAAGUUAUGGAGAAGGCUUUGAAUAUUUUGUGUAUGUCAUGACCAAAGGGGAGAAGCUCAGCCCGGAAGAUGCAGGUCUGGAGAAAAAGCUGCUGCAGGACACCGAAACUCCACCAACCAGGAUUACUACAAUAACAAAUGAUGAUAAGGAAGACUUCCUGGCUAAUAUUGACCUGUAGGGUGACUCUGAUAUGUAGGAUUGCCUUUAUAAGUAAUCUUUAUAUUGUGAUUUUUUGCAACGGGAAACUGUUAACCAAAUUUCUGCCUUACUGUUUUUAUGUAUUUAUUAAGAAUUUGUAAGGAGUAACUAUUUUAUACUGUUUGACGUACUAGAUAUUAGUUUUAAAGUCUAAUUUUAUCAAGAUACCGAUAUAUAUUUGGAUAAAUGUUCUGCAAAUGUAAUUAAGAUGUUGUAAAGAUAAGAGAACUGCUGUAUAAAUGGAAAUUGAAAUCCAUAUUUUAUCUAAAUGUUUGAGACAAAAUCCUGCGUCUGACCAGAUGUAUUCACAAUAGUUUAAUAGACAAAUGUGUGCCUUUUGUCGUUUUGAAAACAUGAUUAACAAAUGUUACUCUUAAUAAAUUUCUCAUUUGCAAAGAAAAAAAA